UUCCUGCUAUAAGUGUUUUUACCUUUUCAAACUGCAAGUCCCCGCAUUAUUUGAACCCCUGCCGUGCGCUCACACGAUCAUCACCUAGCAACAACAACGUUUCUCAGAAAUAGCCGCGGCUGGCCUCUCCACUCCACCAGCCGCUCGUUUCCACUGCACUGAACUGAAUCUGAGCGCGGCGUUGUUCUGAAGAGAAAGAUUAGGAGACAGUGUCAUGCCGUAUCCUUGCCCGCUCUUGUUGCCUCUGCUGCUGAUGGUAUCGGGAGGUGUUUUGCUCCCCAGGGGGGUCAUGGGUAUGGAGGUGGGGGUCGGCCCCCCAGGCAGAUACGGGACCCCGGGACUGUCCGGGCUAACGGUCCUCAUCCCGCCAGGACAGGACAGCUGUGUGUACUUCCCUGUGCAGCCCGGUGACCAGUGGAUAUUCUACUACCAGGUGAUUCGGGGGGCGCAGAGUGGAGUUGAUUUCUACAUUCUCAACCCAGCUCAUCACUUCCUAGUGUUGGACAAGAGGCAAGCCAGUGGCAAACACAGAAUCCAGAUGGAGCGGGUCGGAGAUCACACGAUGUGUUUUGAUAAUUUCUUCAGCUUCACAGAGGAGAAAGUGGUCAGCUUUCACCUGCUGCUGCGCUAUAGGAUACAGGAGAGCACCGCCAACAGGCCAGACAACAGAACUGCAGGGCGGUCCCUCACUUCCAUGGAGAACUCGCUGGCCCUGCUGAGGGAGCGUCUCCUGCGCUGUGGGCUGUACCAGCGGGUCUUGCGCUACGGGAUGGUUCUGGAUCAUGAGGAGCAGUCCCUCAAUGCCUGGCGGGUUCAGUUUUGGUCUGCUUUUAUCCUGCUGCUGGUCCCCUGUGUCUCUGCUUUGCAGGUGUACGCAGUCAAGGCUCAGUUCAGGGGUCCUACCAUCUACACAGGCUUCCGAGUACGCAACUAGCCGUCCAGUGGAGCCCCCAAUACAGACUGCUGCUCUUCACUGCCUUAAACAGGGCUGGUAACAGCUCAGAAUGUCAAACAACAGCCAAGUGACUUCAAAUUUUAAACGUUUAGUAAAUGGCAGAAAAACAAGCAACAAGCAGGCCAGUUAUAGGUGCUAGCCUUACCCUUAUAAAAGUUUACAUAAGAAAAGCAUAGCAGAGUGCAAUAGGGCAUGGUAAAAACCUGGUAAAGAAUAGGUAAGCAUUGUAAAGAAUAGUGAGAUAUGUAGGAAUAGCAUAUUAAUACGCAUGGCUAACUAUGGUAAAUGCAUAGUAUAACCACGGGGAAACAGCAAAAAUAACAUUAACUUUUAUAAGGGUAGUCUACAGAGUAGGCCAAUUUAUUUCAUUUUCAUGAUUUCAUGUCUUUUCCACAUUUAAUUCAAUGCUGUUGUGUUGUAUUAAUUCUUAAAAAGCGAUGGAGGGCUUCUUGUGUUGGCUCAUCUGAUUGGUUUGCAACCAAUACGUUUAAACGACAAUCGGAAACCCCAUUUAUACCCUCUGAAUCUGCAUAGUAUUUCUGUUUUAAAAAAUCUUUAUGAUGUGUUUCAAACAAAAUGUUUCUACUCAUGGAUAUUUGGCACUUUUAAUAAAAGUCACAUCGGUAUGUUUUAUAUUUUAUAUUUGAGGCACAAUUACUGAGCAAAGUGGAAAUUGCAUAUUGUUUUAUAUUAUAUACAGUGUGUUACACAUGUGUUCAGCCUGCUUUGAAGUAGCGGCUGCCUGUUGACACACAUCUGUAGAGAUGUAGGGAACUGGGAGAGUGGUUCUGAAUUCUCAACACACCAUUAUAAGUUUUAUUAGCUAACCCACAUCAUAAACCUGGCUAAUCUGCUGUCUAACCAUUUACUGUGUGCAAAGAUGGAAAUAAGGCUCCCAUUGCAUAGCAGUUUGAUCCAUUCCUGGUUUUACUGUGUUUAAUAAGACACACCUGAGCUUGUUACCUAUACACUGUGGCUAAUCAAGCUUGUAUUAAAACCUGGAAUGGGUACUAUUGCUUUGCAUCCCUAGUGUGUGUGUAAAUUGGAAUAAAUUGAUUUGCUCCAGUGCCAAGUUUUCCAUUUUGUGAAAUACAGCAGAAUAAAAAAAACUGUACAAUUUUUAUUUAUGUGCUGUAUUGGUAACAAAAGGCUUUGUUAAUCUAGUUCAACAAGUGUGUGUGUGAUCAUUUUAAUAGUGCUGCCGGGGAUCAAACAAAGUCUCCACACAAGCUGGGUAUGUCAUUGUGAGAACAUAGGCUUUAACCUGUAAAUAUAGCAAUGCAGAAUAAUUUACUUUAGUCCCCAACUUUAAUUACUGCAGCAAUCCAUUCCCAUGUGCAGAUUAGAAUAGUAAAUAUAUAAGAGGGUCAAUGCAGGAGCCCUUCUACACACAAGAAACAAGUAGGUGUGUGUGUGUGUGUGCGUGACAGUGAGUAGAUGU